AUGCUCUUCCUAGGAAAAUGCAAUCAACUUCUUCAAGUUCCACUUCUUCAACAGCUAACAGUAGCAGCCACCAUUGGUUUCCGGUUCUAUUCUUCAGAUUUGGAGUUUGAAAUCAAGAAAAUUACUAAAAUCAUCAACGACCAUCCUUUUCCCGAUCAACCCAUUCAUCCAAAACUUUCCCAAAUUAUCCCUUCAACCACCAUUUCAACUUCCUUUGUAGAAAAUGUUCUUGGCCAUCUCUUUGCAUCCCACUCUAAUGGCCUUAAAGCCUUUGAAUUCUUCAAAUUCUCCCUCCAGUUUUCCCAAUUCUGUCCCACUUCAGAUGCAUUUGAAAAAACACUUCAUAUAUUAACUCGAAUGCGGAAUUUCAACAAGGCGUGGGAGUUGAUAGAAGAAAUUCAUAAAACACACCCUUCCUUGCUUACCCUCAAAUCCAUGAGCAUCAUGUUAUCAAGAAUCGCAAAGUUUCAAUCUUUUGAAGAAACCCUUGAAGCGUUUCAGAAAUUGGAGGAUAAAUUUUCUGAUCACAAGCAAUUUGGUACAGAUGAAUGCAAUCUUCUCCUUCGAGCAUUCUGCACACAGAGGCAAAUGAAGGAAGCGAAGUCAGUAUUCAACAAGCUAUAUUCCCGAUUCUCCCCCACAACCAAAACAAUGAAUAUUUUGCUUCUUGGAUUUAAAGAAUCUGGUGAUGUCACUUCUGUAGAGCUUUUCUACCAUGAGAUGAUUCGAAGAGGUUUCAAGCCCAACAUUGUAACUUACAACAUCAGAAUUGAUUCUUACUGCAAAAGAGGAAUUGCUCACAACACAACCUAUGCACAACAACUGUUCGAUGAAAUACCUAAGAGAAACCUACUCCCAGAUUCUGGUGUCUACAACGCCUUAAUGAAUGCUUUCAUCAGAUCACGUGACAUCGACUCUGCAACUAAAUUGAUGGAUGAAAUGGAAGCUAAUAAUCUUCUUCAUGACAACAUUACAUUUCAUACAAUGUUCUCAGGAUUGAUGAAGUCAACUGGAAUCGAUGGUGUUCUAGAGCUUUAUCACAAGAUGAUCAGUAGAAACUUUGUCCCCAAAUCAGAAACGGUUGUAAUGUUAAUGAAACUUUUCUGCAAAAAUCAUGAAGUUGAUGAUGCCAUGGGUUUUUGGAGGUACUUAAUUGAUAAAGGCUAUUGUCCACAUAGUCAUGUUGUUGAUGUUCUUGUGAGAAGCCUGUAUUCUCAUGGAAGAGUAGAAGAAGCUUUUGACUGCUCUUUACAGAUUCUUGAAAGAGGGAGACAUUUAAGCAAGACUUGUUUUCGUGUUUUAGAGAGACAUUUAGAGAUGGGUAAUGAAGAUAAAUUAAAAAAACUCAAUAAGAUGAUAAAAAAUCUACAAACUGUUAUACCCCCAUCAAAAGGGCAUGCAAGUGGUAUUUCUAGUGUAAUAUAG